UCUAAUGCGACUGCCUGGCUUCCUGAGAAGCUGGAUUGAAUACUGUGGAAAUUUGUAUUUUUUAAGUGAACAAUGUAUGGAGUCGUUUCAACAGAGUUGCCCAACCUUACUGCUGGCAAUUUUGAGAACUCUUUGGCCUCUGAUGAAGUAUUGGCUCACUACUUCAAUGAUUUCUUAAGUCUGCCGUCCUUCCCAGAGGCUUUGCUGUACAACCCUCAGACAGGGCAGUUUGAACUGGUGGACAGGGCGGCUGAGCUUGUCUCCAGAAGAAUCCGAUCUGUCCUGCACCGCAGCAAAUCACAACUCCUUACUGGAGGCCCUACAGCGCCGGCCAGAACCCCCCCAGUAGACAACCGUUACACUUUCUGUUGCCUGGACCGAGAGCAAGGAAUCCAGUGGAUCCUCAAAGAAAGAUUACCUUUUUUUCUCCUCAGCGAUUGCUACAGUGAAUACAGACUAGCCAAGUUGUUGUUUGAGUGGAACCCAGUCUUGUGUAUCCACAGGAGGAAAGGCGGUUCAGGUCGAACCCCCAUGUCAGCCCCACAGCUGCAUUUUUCAUCCCAAACUGUGAAGGAAAACAACAAAGCAUUAAAGGUCCUAACAUGCUCAUAUUCUCAAGAGAACCGUUCAGCAAAACAAGGGUCAACGAGGAGGCUCAAUGUUACAUGUCUAUGCUCUGACCACAUCGAACAUCUCAACACUAAAUGCAGUGUCUCAUUCAGAUGUUCUGAGCAGAAGAACAUAUGUACGUUUUCUUCUUGUUCCUCCUAUAGUCUUAAAUGUGGGAAAAGCCCAAACCUACAGGGCACACAAACAGAGUGGAUCCUGCACGGUACUGAGGAGAGAAGUGGGAAAAAGGCUUCUGAAGUGCAGCUGGAGGAACUGGCAGCCUCCGUGGUUAAACAGGUGCUGAACAAUGCUCUGAGCCUGAUGGAUGCUCGGAGCCAGGCCAACACCUCUGAUUGUUUGAGCAGGCCAGGAGAUCAGACACAUUGUAACAGCACACACAGAUCCUGUGAACGUAGGGUUUGCAUUCAGCAUUUGGCUGAUGGGGGCACAGAAAGGUUGGGGGGGGAGAAAGAGAAAGUUCAAGAAGGGGAAGAAAAGAUAAAGUGGCCUAAGAAGAAUAGUGAGGUGGGGAGAAGAGACAGAGACCAGGAAAAUAUCAAUAUGUGUUGCCUGGAUACCUGUUGCUGUGGCAAUAGACAAGGCGUUGAUGAGUUAAAAGAGUUUUUGCGAGGAACGUCAGGAGAGAAGCUACUUAAUCUCUGGAUGGAUAUAGAGAGACUGAAAGCUGCCCAGAGCAGAGAGCGGAAGAACAGGCACUUGGUCCUGAUGAGGAGCCGGUACCUGGUGGGCAGCAGCCCCAGCAGCCUCACUGUGGAGCUGCUCUCCAGACUGGGACUCACCACCUCUCCCUGCUGGACAGAGGACAGACUGCACGCUGUCCAGCCCUCCGUCACAGAGGCUCUGCUCCACUACUGGGUCCCUCGGUUCUGGACGUCCCACUGCGCCAGGGCAGAGCACGAAGACCCCCCUCUGCUGGAGCUGUGGACAGCCUGCGGUGUUAGGCCUCUGUCAGACACUCAGCCCCAUCAUGGUUCCCCCACCACCAUGCCCCCCUCCCCCAAUUCCAUCCAUACUCAGUUAUAUUCUAGCAGAAAUAUGGACAGCAGCAGAAUGGAAAAGAUGAUCCAGGCUCUAUGUGCUGACUCGUGUGCCGGCUUAUACUUCACAAACUUCUGUGAACAGUCUGGAAACCAGCUGUGGGAGAAUGCACUUUGCUUUUGGACGGACCUGCAGCACUACCAUGAGCUGUUCUAUCAGGACGGACUGGACCUUUACAGAGUGCAGAGGGAGGCACAGCUCCUGUACUCCACAUUUCUCUCCAGCUCUGCCAGGAGAAGUAUUCGUGUUGAUGAGGAGAUCAGAACACAGGUGUAUGACCAGCUCAUGCCUGCUUUUGAGCAAGUGUUUGACAGGGUUGAGGAACACACACUGAAGAUCCUGCUAGAGCCAUGGACGCUGCUGAUCAGCAGGGACAAAGAGUCUCUUCAGAAGGUCUUAAUGCAGGAAGAGGUGCGUCAAGUGGACAGUCUGGAGUACAGGGAGCUGCAGAGUCUGUACGAGGAGUCACAGUCCCGACUGAAACAGGUUGAGCAGUGCCAGUCCAUGUUAUUUCCUUCUCCUAUUAAGAAUAGGGCGCCUGAUUCUUGGUCCCGAGUGUCUCCAAAUCUUCAUGGCUACCGUCUGGGUUCCUUACUUCGUCACCGCCAAGAGAUUGAGCACUUCAUGUCCUUCCUGCAGAAUCACGAUGCCAGUAUCCAUCUGACAUGCUGGCUGGAUCUGGAGCAGUACAGGAGGACUGCACAGACCGACACGGCUGUCAGACAGGAGAGGUCGUCUCAUAUUGCUACCAAAUACCUCGACAGGAAGUACUUCUUUGGCUCAGACAGCCCUGCCUCCACAGAGCAACAGAAUGAUUUACUGCGUCAGGCAGGUGGACUGGAGCGUCUGAAGCUGGAAUGUCUCUCAGAUCCUGUGGUUGUGGAGAUCCAAGCCAUCAUCAGGAGUCACAUUGAGAAGAACUGGCUGCCUCUGUUUCUGUCAACAGUAGAGUUCACAGAGCGACUGAAAAACCAACCAAAGCGGCAGCUCGAUCAGCCUUCUGCCAUGCCCCAAACAGCGGGCCGGCCCUUGCAGAACGUCUACUGGGGCGGCAGGAGGAGAGCAGCCUCGGAGGCGGGGGGCUUGUGGAUGAGUUCCUCCAAAGAGAUUCUGCUCUUUCGACGGAUCCUCCUCGACCCCAACAACUGUAUGCGGUUCCAGCACUUUGUGUCUCUGAAGGGAGACUUCCUAGAAAAAGAUGUGCUCUUUUGGCUAGAGGUGCAAAGAUAUAAGGACCUCUGUCACUCCCACAGUGACGAGGCCACCAUCCAGCAGAAGAUCUCCACAAUCAUAAACUGUUUUAUCAACUCAUCCAUGCCCCCCGCCCUGCAGAUAGACAUCCCCCCUGAGCAGGCCCAGCACAUUCUGGAGAAACGCCAGCAGCUGGGUCCCUACAUCUUCAGAGAGGCACAGAUGUCAGUGUUCAGCGCACUGCUGAAGUUGUGGCCUGAGUUUCGAGAGCUGAGCAGUAGUGUCCACGAGGAGCAACUUCUUCCUCUACUGCAGGAGAAACAAGUCCAACAUAAAGCCAGAGUCAGGAGACAGAGGAGGAAAGAGGAGGAGGAAGAAGAGGAAGAUAGGAAGAUAUCUCAGGAAGACUUGGAGAGACCAGAGUCCAGUUUUAGAGAGGAGGAAGAGACAGACGAAGAAGAUGAUAUAGAACAAGGACAAGAGAGAAGAUAUGUAACACAAGAGUGGAGGAAAUCGAGCAGGGUGCUGCUGACCCCCACACUGCCGUUGUCGUGGUCCUACUCCAAGUACAUGGCGGCUCUGAGGAGAGAGGAGGUGCUGCUGAGGAGACAGAGACAGCUGGGAGCCUCAAUCUCUGCCUCAGGAUCAUCCUCUGACUGCAGCGUCCGGUCGGCAGGCAGGAUAUCCAGCCGCCCCUCAGGAACGGACAGCAAACAGUGUGACCAAUACAGCAGCAAGUGAAGAGUGACAUAACAAGAUACAUACAAGCCUCUCAGCAUAUCUGGCUCACGUUUUACUGCAGAGGUUGUGAGAGCUUGCACCAUGACAUGAAACCUGAUGGCUCUGACACUCAUGGAGGAGGAGGCCAUUAUAAGGGCGUGAGGAUUGAAAGCUGAGAGCAGAACUGCUACUUACAUCUGGAUGGGGUGGUAGUUUGAGGCUGGGUUUACUUAUUAUGUAAGAAUAUUAAUUAUAAACCUGUGUGAAAAACAUUGACUAACCACUAACUUCAGUUAGCCUGGCUGCACAUCCAUCAUGUAUCAUAUUUCCUAGUUUCACCUUCUGAGUGUACAAUGACAGAAUAACACUUAAUUAUUGAAAUGUUUUUUAUUAAAAUGAUUUUCUAUUCAUAUAUUAUCCAUGUACAUACAUAAAAGGCAUUAGACAUAAUCCUCACUCAGAGGAACAGCAUUAUAAAAGGCAACAAGUACAUGUGCAGCAUGAAGAGCUGGCAUCCACGUAAGGUUACAAAGAACAGUGUUAUUGUCAAACAAAUAUAUUAUAUCAUCUAUUAAACAUUUUGGUUGACAGCUGGGAUCUCUAACAUCAACAUUUCUGUAAUAUUGCACUUAACGAGGCAUGAGACAGGGACUACACUCUUCCUGCAGAGCGGAACCUCGCAAACUACUCUGUGCAUCUACAGACGGACGCAAUGUGUUCACUAUACUGUAGUAUGAACUCAUUCAAAUGUCCCAGUUUAAGAAAUGUAUUAACUUUAAUGUAUUUCUAAGAUUAAAACAGUUUUUAAUCCUU